AAGUAAAGAGUCGAUUCAAAUGAUACGAGUCUGAAGCGUGUUUUGAAAUCGCAUCGGUUACAGAUUCACUGAAUCUUCAGAUGCUGAUCAGCAGAGAUGAGUGAAAAUCAUCGAUCACAGACGGAGAAGAACACAACCAAGGCGAAGAGAAUCACCACAGCAAUGUUGUCUGGUGCUGCAGAAGCUUCAUCCUCAUCCAUGAGCUCCUCUGAUGUUCAAUCAUCAGCUGCUAAUGAACCAGAGCAGGAGUCUGCUCCACAAACCCGCCGCCGAAACAAGAGCAUCGGCGCGGCCCAUCCCGCCAUCUACUUAAACACCCGCUCUCACAAACUGCUCAGGAGAGCCAUACGCAUCUGGAAGAUGCCGAUUCCCAUACUGAGCUUCACGGGGUCUUUGAAGCCGAAGCCCAGAAGCUUCCGAGAGCGACUGAAGCGAGUGGAGAUGCUUCGUAAUCGGUGUGAAGACUCGAAUAGUCCGAAGCCGAUGACUCGCUCCGUCAGAGACCUGCAGCUGUGCAGCUCUGGGACAGACUCCUCUCCAUCACCCUCCAGCACCUCCCUAAAGUCCCACCGCAGCCUCCGCACGCGGCCGGUCCACAUGCUCCGCACCCGGCGAUAUAGGAAACAGUUACAGCUCUACCGGAUGCUGUCCAACAACAGGAGACGCAGACAGAGCGAUGAGAAACCGCACAAGCUGGAGGGUCAGUCAUCACCUGCGGCGCCCACUCGUGUUAAAGGCUCCUCUGAGAUUCAGGAUGAUCACCGAGAUUCGUCGUCUACCCAGAGUCCUCCAGUGAUCCGGGCGCCGCCGAGAAAAACCAGUCGCCGCUUGUGGCGCCGACAACUGGACAGCAGCAGUUCAGAAAACAGCCCGAUGACCGCUAACCCAGUUAACAGACAGCAACCUGGGAAAACAGACAAACAGAGUCACAACAGAAGGAUUUCGUUUUCUUUUGCUGAUGUUUCAAGCGAGUCGGCUGAGUUCGAUUUCCCUGAUAUUAAUUCUAGUGCAAUCAAAGAAGCUUCUGCACCUGCACACAGAAACAUUAAUGGCCACGAUUCAUCUGAUCUCAAACCGGACGUCCAAACCAAUGAGGAAUCAACAACUCACACUGAAACGAACGCAGAUGAACAUGAACAACAUCUGCAUGAAAAGCCUGACACAACAUCACCGGACUCUGAAGCGUCUUUGGUUUCAUGGCUGAAGAUCUUUAAAGAAGAACUCGAACACUGUGAAGAUGCCACUGAGAUGAAACAGGAGCCAGUUCAGUUCAAGAAUCCUUCAUCCAUCAGAAGCACACAGUCUAAUGCAGACGCUCUUCAGAAACCAGACACUCCCAGACCGAAGUCAAUUGUGAAAUGGAAGAACGUUAUGAUGCAGAGAGCGCUGUGUUCUUUUACAUUCCCGUAUGAGAAUCAGGAUCCAACACACGAAUCCUGGUGCAGCUUUACGCUGGGGGACGAUUCAACACACGCAGGCCGAAGUGACACAGACAGAGCUGACGUGACGCCUGAAUGUCCUGAGAAACCAGCUGAAGAUAACCUCAAGAACGGAGCUGCGGGAGAUGCUUUCAUACCACAGUAAAGCAACAGCUGAGUCUUCAGGCUGCCAGAUGCUGCUGAAUCCAGUGAAUUAAAAUAAAGACGAGAAGCAUCACAAGGGCUGAAUGUUGGAUAUA